AUGCAAUUCACGUGCAUCGCUCGUGCAAUAGCUCUCCAGCUAGCCCAGUCAACUCCAAGCCCCUCAAACAACAUCAAACUACAAGCUUCAGUCUCCACCAUCCACUUACAAUAUCAGAAAGCCAAAGCCGGUUCUCACUUUGUCAGUUCUCACAUUCAUAUUAUGGCAAUCUCAUCACUCUCAUUGAGCUGGGUUUCUACUACCUUGCCUGACAAUAAGAUUGAGAAUUUUCUCUCAACCAAAUUACUUGAAUGUGAAGGAAUACCUGACAAGUUCCGAGGUUAUGUUGACAAAGAAGAUGGGUAUUCAUAUUAUUACCCCUCUGAUUGGAGGGAUUUUGACUUCAGGGCACAUGACUCUGCAUUCAAGGAUAGAUAUAUGCAACUUCACAAUGUUAGAGUGAGAUUUAUACCUACAGAUAAAACCGAUAUCCAUGAUUUGGGUCCAUUGGAAGAGGCUGUUCCCUAUUUGGUGAGACACAAAUUUGCUGCACCAAACCAAGUUGAAAAGAUAUUCAACAUGCAGGAGAAAACUAUAGAUGGGAAGAACUAUUACACCUUCGAGUACGGACUUACAUCUCCCAACUUUGCUACCACUUCCUUUGCAACCAUAGCCAUUGGAAAUGGGAGAUAUUACACCCUGAUUGUCGGAGCGAAUGAGAGACGGUGGAAAAGAUACCGCAACCAGCUUAAAAUGGUUGCAGACUCUUUCAGGAUUCUUGACAUCUAAGAUGCAAUGUCAUGGAAGGCAACCUUCACUGUUAAAUUUCCAUUUGGUAUAUAUAUAGAGUUCCAAGUUCUUCCCGGAACAGAACAAUGGCUACAACUAGAGAGUAUCUAAGGAAAGCAAGGAGAAGUCACUUUGUAUUUAACUUACUAUAAUCCUGGUGGUUCG